CCGCCCCGGCGGCCCCGGGGACAUGGUACCGGGAUGGCCCGGCCCGCCGAGACCUUCCCGCUGCACCGGCUCGUCUGGCACAACCGGCACCAGGCGCUGGACAGCGCCCUGCGCGCCGGGACGCACGACGUGGAGCUGACAGACCCGCGUGGCCGGACGCCCCUGGAGCUGGCCGUGUCUCUGGGCCACCUGGAGUCGGUGCGGGUGCUGCUGCGGCACAACGCCAACGUGGGCCGGGAGAACGCCAAUGGAUGGACGGUGCUGCAGGAGGCGGUGAGCACGGGGGACCCGGAGAUGGUGCAGCUGGUGCUCCAGUACCGUGACUACCAGCGGGCGACGCGGCGCCUCGCCGGCAUCCCCGAGCUGCUCAGCAAGCUGCGGCGGGCAUCCGACUUCUACGUGGAGAUGAAGUGGGAGUUCACGAGCUGGGUGCCCCUGGUGUCCAAGGUGUGUCCCAGCGACGUGUACCGCGUGUGGAAGCGCGGCGAGAGCCUGCGGGUGGACACCACCCUCCUGGGCUUCGAGCACAUGACGUGGCAGCGCGGCCGCCGCAGCUACAUCUUCAAGGGGGAAGACGAGGGGGCCGUGGUGAUGGAGGUGGACCACGACAAGCAGGUGGUGUACACGGAGACGCUGGCGCUGGCGCUGCACGAGCCCGAGCUGCUGCUGGCGGCCAUGCAGCCCACCGAGGAGCACGUGGCCGGCCGGCUCACCUCGCCCAUCGUCUCCACGCACCUGGACACCCGGAACAUCGCCUUCGAGAGGAACAAGUCUGGGAUCUGGGGCUGGCGCUCGGAGAAGAUGGAGGUGGUCAGCGGCUACGAGGCCAAGGUGUACAGUGCCAGCAACGUGGAGCUGGUCACCAAGACCAGGACGGAGCAUCUGUCUGACCAGGACAAGUCACGCAGCAAAGGCUCCAAGACCCCCUUCCACUCCUUCCUGGGCAUCGCGCAGCAGCACGGCACACACAACGGGGCACCUGUCCUGCAGGCUGCCAGCCCCACCAACCCCACGGCCAUCACCCCCGAGGAGUACUUCGACCCCCACUUCGACCUGGAGACCCGCAACAUUGGGCGCCCCAUCGAGAUGUCCAGCAAGGUGCAGAGGUUCAAGGCGACGCUGUGGCUGUGUGAGCAGCACCCGCUGUCUCUGGCGGAGCAGGUGACGCCCAUCAUCGACCUCAUGGCCAUCUCCAAUGCCCACUUCGCCAAACUGCGCGACUUCAUCACCCUCAAGCUGCCCCCCGGCUUCCCCGUCAAGAUCGAGAUCCCGCUGUUCCACGUGCUCAACGCCCGCAUCACCUUCAGCAACCUGUGCGGGUGCGACCAGCCCCUGGGCUCCGUGCGGAUCUGCGCCCCUCAGGAGCCCGCCGGCGCCCAGCCCUCGGGGCCCAGAGCGUGGCCGUUCCCGUGCGAGGUGGAGGCGGGCGUGUUCGAGGUGCCGGCGGGCUACACGGUGCUGGGCGCGGGGCGCAGCGAGCCCCUGCGGGACGAGGACGACGACCUGCUGCAGUUCGCCAUCCAGCAGAGCCUGCUGGACGCCGGCACCGAGACCGACCAGGUGACCAUCUGGGAGGCGCUGACCAACACCCGCCCCGGCGCCGAGCCGCCGCCCUACGAUGAGGACCUGCAGCUGGAAAGGGCCCUGCAGGAGAGCAUGCUACUGCAGGCCGGGCCCAGCGCCGAGCCCCCGGCCGCCGGGAGCCCCCCCGGGGCGGGCGGCGGGAGCCCCCCGGGCCCCCCCGGGUACGGCAGCUUCGCGGAGCAGCUGCGCCUGGCCAUGGCGCUGUCGGAGCGGGAGCAGGAGGAGCGGGAGCGGCGGCGGCGCGAGGAGGACGAGGAGCUGCAGCGCAUCCUGCGCCUCUCCCUCACCGAGAAGUAGCGCCCCACGACGGAGCAGGGGCGUCCCAUACGGGGUCACCCCGCGCUCGGGACGCCGAUGUCCCGCGUGGGGACACCCCUUGCAGGGAUAGGGACACCCCACCCGGGGGGCGCCCCGGCGCGGGCACGGCCCUGCCUGGGGAGCGGCCGGUGCUGGGAUGGCCCCCCAACCAUGGGGACCCCCCUGAUGUGGGCACGGCCCCCGCACAGGGGAUUUGAUCCAGGGAUCCUCCUAACCCCGGGACCCCCAAUCCAGGGCUCUUCUCCCACCAGGCUCAAACCUCAGCCCGGGGACCCUCGCCUGGAGCCUGCCCCUCCAGGGAUACCCCUGCCCCCAGGACCCCUCCCUAGGGACCCCCCUUCCUCUUUGGUGUUGUACUGUGACCCCCUGGGGGGCAGGACGGACCCGAGGGUUCCCGUGGGAUGCAGGUGACCCCUUUUUUAAGGCACUGCAGUGUGGGGGGAGACUGCUGGGGGACCCCCAGGCCUUGUCCUUUGGGGCAGUGGGGGGCAGGGGGGCCCCGAAUGUCUGUACAUAUACAUAUAUUAUAUAUAUAUAUAUAUAUAUAUA